AAAAUAUGUGGCCGUCUUUUCCAAUAUUUUUUCUCAUCCAUACGAUAAAUUUCUAAGACAGACAAUAGGUGAGCUUGGUUCCGGUUUACGUUUCGGCUCAUUGUUUUGGGCAAAGAAGGAGGUUGGACCGCCGUCGUGGCAACGGGUGAAUAUUCGUUUACGUGGUUACGACUUCGUUGUUUUGGAGCGCUACCAAAGUUACGUCCAUAAAUUGGCUCGAAACAUGGGUUUCAAAGUUAUAUCAGCUGUCACAGUUUACAAGCCACAUAGCAAGGUGGUGCAGACGUUGUUUGACAUUUCGAAGUACGAACGCAACGUUCAGAUAGCCGAUCUGCCAGCUUCAAGUUCCUCGCUGCUUUUUGACAUCAUUAACACCCACCUGCCAAUCGGCGUCGAGCUUACCGUCAAAAUUCAUGAAGAGGCAGAUGACGAAAUUCGUUACAUUCCUGACCUGGAAAUUAAGGAGCAGAUGUGUCUAGUAGAAGAACUGAAUAAAGAACUGGCAGGAGUCAAGUAG